GGAAGGGGCGGCGCGGGGCGGGCGCUGGGGAGGGAGCGCGGCGGAGAUGCCGCUGGCCAAGGACCUCGUGCAUCCCUCGCUGGACGACGAGAAGAGAAAGCACAAAAAGAAGCGUCUUGUGCAGAGCCCCAACUCCUACUUCAUGGAUGUGAAAUGUCCGGGAUGCUACAAGAUCACCACCGUGUUCAGCCACGCUCAGACAGUAGUUCUGUGUGUAGGGUGCUCAACUGUGCUGUGUCAGCCUACUGGGGGCAAAGCCAGGCUCACAGAAGGCUGCUCAUUUAGAAGAAAGCAACACUGAACACUUCAAGCAUGUGUGUUUGGAUCUGUGUUCCUGAAAGCCUUACCAGUUUAAAAAUGCCUGUUCCUACAGCAAUGUAAUUAUGAUUGAUUUUGUAAAAAUUACCUGCUAUUGCUGACUAAUCUGCUGGAAUCUCUUUUUCAAUAAAUGAUUGAAAUAAAUGAUGGUUUUUCCUGUAAGUUUGCAGACAACUGAGCUCUAUUUUUGUAAUUUUACUUCCAAACAGUGGUAAAAGCCUUGGACUUGGCUGCAUCCUUCCCCUUGUUAAUCAUCAACUACAGCAAUGUCAUGCAUAUAGUGACAGAAUCUGCUUUUAAGAGUGCAUUUUGUAUAUUUUAUUACUGCAGCUGCCCUAACUGCAAGGGUUGUGGGAGCUGGAUAGAUUUAAAAUGGCUCCUUUGCUUUCAGUGUAAUCCCUUCACCGUGUUGGGUAACAUGGGGAUAAAUAAAAAUGUGAAGUU